AAGGGGGGGAAAUAGGUUUGUUUUGGAAAUUUCCAUCUCUGAGCAAUUCCAAUUGACUUGUGACUUUGGACGAGAAUCGUUGGAGUAGAGAAGUCAAAAUGCAGGAAGGCCCAGGAAAUGGGAGUAGUUUUUUCCAUUGCAUUUCCACUGGAAACUCUCCCAUGGCUUUAUCAACUCACCCACUAUCUUUAUUUAAGUAAAGGGUGCAGUGUGUGUGUAUGUGUGUGUGUGUGUGUAAUACUGGCAAUGUGAUAAUGGAGCUUUCUGUGGACAGGUGUGUAAGGCAUGAGCUCCGCUGGCUUGUUUGUGAGGGGAGGCGAGGUUUGGUUACAUUGGAAAAACUCCAGCUCAGGCUACCAGCUCAUCUCUGGAAACCUCAUGGACAAGCCAGUCGCAGAGUCCCCCUUUAUUUGGGUUCAACUCAAUUAAUUUUCUGACUUGACCUGUGAAUAGACAUGGAGACUGGCAAACCGAAAGCUACUUGGCUGUGCUGGGGCCUCACCCACAUUUUUAUGACUCUUUCGUGGUUGCAUGAUGACUCUGGUAGGAGUUCCGAGUGGGGCUCAGGUCACAGGAGUGUGAUCGUGUCCACAGAGAGAACCAGCCCCGGGUGUGCUUUCAUCAGGGUUCCCAGUUAGCAGCUUGUUUGACAGGUUUACUUGCACAAGGAAGUUGGAUGCAGAAGUCAAGUCAGAAUAGCCCAGCUUGGGACAUUCUUCGCUUCUCUCCGCUUCCCCUCUGGGAGCCCCUUUCGCCGUCCCUGCACCUUGCUUCUGGCAAUGCCCGAGAGGGAGCUGUGGCCAGAGGGGCCUGGCUCGGAACCUGUGACCCGCAUCGGCAGCUGGGACAGCAUGACGAGCACCACCUCCACCCGCUCCGGAUCUACCGACAGCUACGACUUCCUGUCCGCUGAAGAGAAGGAGUGUUUGCUCUUCCUGGAGGAGACCAUUGGCUCAUUGGACACCGAGGCUGACAGCGGACUGUCCACUGAGGAGUCUGAGCAAGACACAACUCCCCAAAGUCCCCGAGCACUGCCCCUACUCCAGCCUGCUCCCCAGGGACAUCCAGAGGAGACGGUUGCUCAGCAAAGACCAGAGCCAAGGAGAGCAACCCAGUCCAGCGUCCCCCCUCUGCCUGAACCCCAAGGCCUGGGCUUCAGAUCCGGCUCCUACAGCCUCCCCCGCAAUAUCCACAUCAGUAGGAACCAGAACCUCAGGAAAAGCACCCCCCAGACGAACAGCCACCUGCCAGGGGAACCCAACAGGGUCAUCCCAGACCCCAGGGAAGAGCAGCUCAGCCAGGGCAGGGAGCCCAGCCAGGCUCCAGUGCAGAGGGUCCUCCCAGACCCUAAGGAAGAGCAGCUCAGCCAGAGCAGGGAGCCCAGCCAGGUUCCAGUCCAGAGGGUCAUCCCAGACCCCAGGGAAGAGCAGCUCAGCCAGGGCAGGGAGCCCAGCCAGGCUCCGGCCGGGCUCCAGGAGGCCGUCCUUGAUUUGGACAUAGCGCUCAUCCCCCCACCAGAGGCUUUCCGGGACGCCCAGCCCGAGCAGCGUGGGGAAGACAGCUCGCCCACAGGGCCAGGGGAGAGGACCCCCGCGCCCCAGCUCCUCACGUCACUCAGCCCCCAGAAGAGAAAGGAGACUUCUUCAGAGGCCAUGUCCCAAAAAGCCAAUGAGAAAGGCUCGACGGGGGCACCAGGACAGCCUCGGCCUCUUCCUGCCAUGUCGUCUCAGAACGCCAGGGCUACAGAUGCUUCCGUCCCACCAGGGCGGGAUCCAGAUGCCCAAGUGGCUCCCCUCACAGGGCCUAAGCCCCGGAAGCUGCCCCCUAAUAUUGUUCUCAAGAGCAGCCGAAGCAGUUUCCACAGCGACCCCCAGCCCUGGCUGUCCCGCCACCCCGAGGCUGCCCCCUGCGAUUCCGGCCUGGUCUCCUCUUCACUGCAGGAGCAGAGGAAAGCACGCAAGGAGGCUCUGGAGAAGCUGGGGCUGCCCCUGGACCAAGAGAAGCCCAGCCCCCACUUAAGUAAGCCCCCCAGCUCCAUCAGACUCAAGGGGACUGGCGCUCAGGCCCCUGCCCCAGCCCCAGCAUCAGCUCCCGCCCUAGCUCAGCCUGCACCUCAGGUCUCAGCGGGGAAGGCACUGGCUCCUGCUCCAACCCGGGGACCUUCUCCAAUGAAAGCCCUGGCUCCAGCUCUGGCUCAGGGAUCUACUCCAGGCAAGGUUUUCAUUCCUGCCCAGGAACCCACUCCAGGGAAAGUUCCAGCUGCCAAGUCUAUGCCAAUCCUCAUCCCUAGGGCCCCAGGGGUAAGUAAUCCCCUGACGCUGCAGGAGAGCAGCAUCCCUGGGCUGAGGCAGAUGAACUUCAAGUCCAACACGCUGGAGCGGUCAGGUGUGGGGCUGAGCAGCUACCUCUCAGCUGAGAAAGACCCCAGCUCCAAGGCCAGCAGCUCUCUGGGAAAAGACUCCUUCUUGAACAAACUCUCACCCAGUGUCUUGCGUAAUUCCCGGCCCCGCCCCGCCUCCUUGGGCACUGGGAAGGACUUUGCGGGGAUUCAGGUGAGCAUGCUGGCUGACCACGAGCAGAGCUCCAAGCGCCUGUCUUACCAAGGACAGAGCCGCGACAAGCUGCCUCGUCCCACUUGUGUCAGUGUCAAGAUUUCCCCCAAAGGCAUCCCUGAUGAGCACAGAAGGGAGGCUCUGAAGAAGCUGGGACUGUGGAAGGAGUAAAGUAGGCCCUGGCCACCAGCACUGCCCGCACAACCUCGUCCCUGCCUCCUGUCAUACAAGACGACACUCAGGGCUCCACCUAGGAGCCCUGUCCACCUCACUGCUCAGGGGCUGGGCAGGGUCAGGCUUCUCUCCAAUGCUCUGCUCUCCGAAGUGAAGAGGAGGGAGAGAUUGGAGUCCAAGCCUACGCUCAGAUUCAGGGUGGUUGUGCCAAUGAGUACCUGUGAUCAUCCUGAAUAUGAUUUCCAGAGAGAGAGAGAGAGAGAGAGAGAGAGAGAGAGAGAGAGAGAGUGUGUGUGUUAGGCUGUAUAUAUCACUGAAACUAUUUAUAAGACACAAGGAGUCAUUGAGAAUUCUGCUCAUGUUGGAGAUUUUUGUACAUUGGGUAGAGUUCGGCCUAACUGAGUGGAGAGGGGUGGCCAAGCCUGAUUUAAAAAAAGAAAGUCAAAGGAGACCAUUGGAUGUGCCAGUGCCACACGUGCAGCAUCACCUGAAAUGCGGGUCUGCCAGAAUUCCUGCGAUAGAUGGAGACGGGCUCCUACUUUGCUCGAUCCCUCUCUCAGUUCUGGCCUGCUGGACAGGAGCCAAGAGGAGUUGGUCUGUCAUCUCUUCAGCGGCUACCUUCUCACCAUCCCCCGUCCCGAGGACAGGACAUGUUCCUGCAACUGAAGACUCUUGAUUGAUUGAGAGCAGCAGAGCUCUUGUUGGUCUGAGAAGGCGGGAUACGUGGCCAAAGCGCACACCUCUGCUGGGGAGGGUCCUUGACUGUGGACUUGAUAAAUUCACUAAAAAACUAUGCGGUGGUCCCUGAUUCUGUGAUUUCUGCUCCUAUCUCAGUCUGCUCAUGACUGGCCCCAGGCUGGGCCAACACUGAGAUGGGAACCCGAGCCCAGAGGCUCGGUACUUACAGUAGAACUGUCUCGGGCCUUGCCCACGCUAUUGUAAGUAGUUUUACCUUCCUCAGUACCUACGGAAAAUCAACACGACACAUUCUCUGCCAGUUAUGCAUAGAAUAUCAGAGCUGGGAGGAGCCUCAGAGAUGCUGAAACCCAACCCUGUUGGAGAAGGGAAGUGACCCAUCCACAGUCAAUGCCACUUAGUAGCCGAGCCAGGGCCAGAGCUGGGCUCCUGAUCCCAGUCCAGGCUGCAUGCUGCCUCCCCUCACGCAGUACUUGUAGGCAUCCACACAGCACCCCAUGGGACCUUCACAUCCUAAAGUGUCUUCUGAAAUAUCAGAGAUUAAAUGCUGUCCGUGUCAUA